AUGGAUUUUAGACUUGUAGAUUGGUUUAAAUUAUCAGAUUUAGUUCAUUUAAUAAGUAAUAAAGCAUUUCUAAUGGCUCGAAGAAAAAAUUUGAUAAGUGAUUUGCUUAAGAAAAAUUCUUAUGAAUCACUUGAUGAAUAUGAGGAGAAAGUUUUUCCUUUGUUUUAGAAUGAACAUUAUUAGAGUUUAGCAAAGGAAAUGAAUUUCCACUAAAAAUUAUUUGAAAAAUUUUAACAUUAUGCUCUAAGACUAAUGGUCACUAUAGAUGAAGAAUAUGAAGCAUCCCCUCGAACAGGUAUUAAGUUAUUAGUGACAAAGCAAAUGGAUGAAAUAGAGAAUUAAUCAUUUUCUUGGAAAUAUUAAAAUUUUUCACAAUAUUUAAGUUUUAAAAAAUCAACCGAAUUUAUUUGUGCAAUAUUUAUAAAAAACUAAGAAAAUAAAAAUAAGAUUGAUUCAACCUUAAGCAUAUUUAAUAAUUAAAAUGGUUAAUAGUUUUUCAUCAUACCAUAUUCCGAUAAAACAAUACUGAACUUUAUUUAUAAAAAAGAGGGUAAAUAUUAUUUUAACAGAAAAUAAUUGAUUCUAAAUUUAAUUCCUAUAAGUUCCCCUAGAGUUUACUAAAAGGAAGUAUAAACAAUAUUUUAGCUUAAAUCUUGCAAUUUUUAUGAAUUAAUACUCUAACCUUCAGAAUUAUAAAAUUAAAGUAGAAUUGACAAAUUUACUGAAAAAAUUAAAAUUGCUUAAGAAAAUUAUUUUUAAAAUCAUCUCUACACAUAACAUUUCGAUGAUUCCUAAUUAUCUGCUAUAAAAAAUGCUACAGAUUUUAGUUAAAAGGUAUAUAUAAAAUUAAUUUUCAUAAUAGUUUACUUUAAUAGAAGGUCCUCCGGGAACAGGGAAAACAUAAACUAUUUUUGGAAUAUUAUCUAUUUUAUAGAGUAGUUUAAAGGAAUCAAGAAAAAAUAAUAAAAAGGACAUAAUUUUAAUAUUGGGGAAAUCUAAUAGUGUAGUCAACGAUUUAGUGAGAAAAAUAAAUCAAAAAUUAGAUGAUCAAAAUUCUAUAAUAAAUUGUUCAGAUGAACAACCUGAUCAUCUUAAAGUUGUUCGUUUUGGAAGACCUGAAUUAUGUGAAAAUGAUAUAGCCAGAUAUAGUUUAGAAAUUAGAUCCUAAGAAUAAUUUUUUGAAAAAUAUAAAUCAGAAAUAAAUUCAAUAUUCUCUUAAUAUAUUACUUAAGAAAUAAAAUAAUUAUUGAUAAAAGAAGAAAUUUAAGAUUAUUUAGCAUAUUUAAUUGAUUUAAAACAAUAGAUAACAUUAGUUUCCUUAAUGAAAUACAUAGAGUAUGUCAAUUUUAAAACAAAAAAUUAGAAAAUUUUGAAUGCUUUUGGAUAAGUUUAUGAUAAGAUGUAUAAUUAAUUAAAAGCUGAAGAAUAAUCUUAUUAAAUAAUAGAAUAGGAAUUUUUAAAAUAUGUAAAUAAUAACAAUUUAAUAUUAGCGUCAUAUUAUAGUUUCUACAUUAAAUAGUUGUUGUAAGAAACGAUUAAUAAGAGCUUUAAGGAAUGUUAAUUUAAGAAUGUGCAUAGUAGAUGAAGCACCUACAGCCUUAGAGCCAUCUCAACUAAUUCCAUUUAUUGAAUAUUCUGAAAUUUCUAAGAUAGUACUUUUGGGAGACACGAAAUAAUUGAGUCCAAUUGUAGUAGCAAAUUAAUCUGAAAAAUAUUUUCUUAAUCGUUCGCUAUUUGAAAGAAUGUUACAAUAAAUAGAUUCUAAAAAGUUGAAAUAUUAAUACAGAUAAAUGCCUAAUUUGGCAUAAAUUACAUCAAAAAUUUUUUAUUCAGGGACUUUAAAAACAAGUUUAAUGUCUAUGUAGUUUCCUGAAUACAUUAGAAAAAUAGUCAGGAAUAAUAGAAAUAGUUUAUUUUUCAACACUCCAUAUGGAACAGAAUAAAUUUAGGAGACAAGUUAUAAAAAUAGCCUAGAAUGUAAGGCUAUAAUUUAAUUGGUUAAAUAUCUUUUAAGUGAUGAAAUAAAAUUAAAAAAGAAUAAAAUAAUUUCAAUAAUUAGCGGAUAUUCAAUGUAAAAAGAGUUACUAAGAAUGUAACUAAAAGAAAAUGAAUUACUAAAUUACGUAGAAGUGGAUACAUUUGAUUCUUUUUAAGGGAAAGAGAAUGAAAUAGUAAUUUUAUCUUUAGUACGAUCAAAUGAUAAGGUUGGUUUUUUAACUGAUAAGAGAAGAGUAAAUGUAGCAUUAUCUCGAGCAAAAUAUUGUUAAUUUGUGUUUGGAUCAUAGUUUACUUUGGAAAAGGAUAAUAGGAUAUGGUAAAAGAUAAUAAAGAUCUAUAAAUAAAAUAAAUAAAUUAUAGAUUAUGAUGAUGAGAGUUUUAAGCAAGAAAGCUUCUUCAAAUAAUAAUUGAAUUUGAUAUAAUGA